UUAACAAGGCUCCAGUACACUGGCUCCAUCUUUUAUGCGACAUUAUAUUAUAUCUGUGUAAAAAACUAGCAGUUGUUUAGAUUUUUUCGCGGAGGGAUAUAUGCCGUCAGUCAAGACGGAAACACGCGCUGAUGUUUGGUAGUAACGUAGUUUGAGUUAGUUACGGCGGGAGCCAACUGGACAGUUAUCUAAAUGCUGGAUUAAACUAGUUUUAAAAGCCGGGGUUAGACAUCGAUGGAAUAUAUUUGAUCGUUUUUAUAUACGCAACCUCAGGUAAGUUGAUUUGAAAUGCCUUUGCUUGGAAAGAUCGUGGUGAUCAAAAGAAAUGGAGGAGAUGGCACUGAAUUUCCCCUCACAGCGUCCUGUUUGUUCGGAAGGAAGCUGGACUGUGAUAUUCGGAUUCAGCUGCCGCAGGUGUCUAAAGAGCAUUGCAAAAUUGAGCUGAAUGAGAACAAGGAGCUCAUUUUGACCAAUUUGAGCUCUGUGAACCCCACACGUAUUAAUGGACAAGCUCUUAAUCAAUCAGAACGUUUAAAGCAUGGUGAUCUCAUCACAAUCAUUGAUCGUUCUUUCAGGUUUGAGUACCCACCUCCUAAGACACCGAAGAAGACGCUGUCCACACCUGGAAAAGACAAAGCAGUUCAGGCUUUGCAGGAGCAGCAGGAAAAAAGCACACCUGUUCCUGUGGACAAGAGGAAGUCAGAGCAUUCGUUUGACACUUGUUUAAAAGAUGGGUCAAAUUUGCCACCAUCUGUGGAACAAACUUUUGAGACUGAACCAGAAGGCAGCAAACUUAAAAAAGACAGUAUGUCACCUUUUUGUGAGCUGUACCAAAUGGUCAAACAGGACCUUGCUGCAAAAUCACCAUGGAAGUCUGAGCUACCAAAAACACCUCUUGCAAGACCUCAGGUUGGUCACGAGAAAGUUCUUGCUGCAGAUGUUAAAAGUAGUCCGAUACCAGUCCCAACCACAUCUACCAAGAAGCGAAGAUCUUCGAAAUCCAAAUCUGAAGAUUCAACUGGACCAGCUCUUAUUCAGAGCUCAUUGAAUGCAAAUGUGGAAGAAAAACCCACUGAAGAUAUGCCAUCUGUAGGGCCCAGUACCCCCUCAGUGACGGAGAAAAAUAUAACUCCUGUCUCCCAGAAGAAGAGAACACCCUUGAAAUCACCUCAGAAGUUCAGUGCUGAUGACGUAGUCCAGCAGAUUGUCAAAGAGCCACAGCCUGAAGAGAAAACUCCUAAAUCCCCAAAAGGAAGGAGAAGUGGUGGAUCACAGAAUCAAAGCCUUUCUCAUCAAAUACCCUCAGUCGAGCCUCAGACUCCAGGCUCUGAGGAUAAAAACACUGAAGUGAAAAUGUCACAGAGAACAUCUCCAAGAGCAAAUGCUGGCAAAAGGUUUCAAGUCCAAGAUGUUCUGCCUGAAAUUACGGCUACCACAUCAGCUUCUAAGAAGCAAGAUGACACUUCAGGUAAUGAGCUAUGUGAUGGUAAUGAAUCUUACAAUGAAGUAACCAUUCCAAAAUCAAAGAAAAAGCGAGUGUCCUUUGGUGGUCAGUUAAGCCCAGAGCUAUUUGAUAAACGCCUGCCUCCAAAUUCCCCCCUUCGGCGUGGGGCAGCCCCACGACGUAGUUUGGGUCUUUCCCAAAAGCCCCAAUCUCUCCUACGACGAGCAUCCACCAUCGGUCUUAUGGCUCUUCGACUUGCAGAAACCUUUCCAGAGGCUCAAAAACAUUCUCCAAAGAGAGCUUCACCCAAACGGACAGCAUCUCCAGCGAAGACUCAAUCACCUGGUAAAAAGUCACCAAGUACCAAGGCUAGAACUCCAUCUCCUGCCAAAAAGUCACCAUGUUCCAAAGCUAAAACUCCAUCACCUAAACCUCAAAAGUCACCAUCUGCUUCAACCAAGGCUCCAACACCAUCCUCUUCUCCUGCUACACCCAGGACACCUUCUUCUGCUAAGAGAGCUUCAUCUUCAGCGAUUGAGUCUGUGGGUGACAUGUCUUUAACUGUGACACCUAGGGUGCAGGGGCGGUUUUCAAUCUCUCGUAUCAGUACUCCAUCACCUGUCCAGGACCAAGGGGACGAGUCUGAACCACAGUCAACCAUUGUAGAUGUGCCCCAGAAAUGUGUAACACCAAAGAUACCUUUAAGGAGGAAGAGCAUGAAGUUUUCUGCAAGAAAAACACCCAAAAGUGCAAUUAAAAGUGCACUUGAUGUCAUGCGUUCAAGACGCAGUGGAGCAUCACGGGCUAAUCUAAAAGUGUUGACCUCUUGGGCUGAUAUUGUGAAGUUUGGUCAAACCAAACCUCAGAUGGAAGUUACAACUAAGAAAAAAUCUACGAAGAGCAUAGUAGUGAAGAAAACUGCAGUCCCAAAACCCAAGACACCUGCACGGAGGCUGAAAGAUGAUGUCAGCACUGGGCAUGCAGCAUCUCCACUUACCAUUGUUGUUGGCAAAGCCCAUAUGAAGACUAACCAGUCUGUUGGUGCUGCACCUAAAAUAGUGCCAAACAUAGCACUGUUCAAGAAGGACAUGAAAAUGGAUGAGGACUUGACAGGUGUUGCAGAGAUUUUCAAAACACCUGCCAACACCAGGUCUAAGAAUAGAGUUCUUGUGAAUAAUGAAUGUCCAGAGAUUCUUCUGAAUGAGAUUUCAGUGAUGAAAACACCAGAGGAAUUGGGUGAAAUGAUGGUUUCACCAUUAAGUGUGGUCUCCACUGCCAAACGUGGUGGCUACAACAAUGAAGCAGUGACACGACUUCUUUUGGACAACCAGGAUGAUAGUUUGUUGGAAGACGAAAGUCUUUCUCAGCUCCCUGAGAACUCAAAUGAGGCAAGUUUCCAUGACAUCAUUCCAGACGUAGAGACACCUUCUGAUGUACAAAUGGAGGAAGAGGCUGCUGCACCUGAAGCAGUAGUCAAAACCCCAAAACAGAGAGCAGCACCAUCUUUGUGCCUCACUGGAGUCAAGCGACUCAUGAAGACACCCAAACAGAAGGCAGAACCAAUUGAGGACUUAAGAGGAAAGCUGCUCAAGACCCCCAAGGUAUUUAAACCUUCCCAGCAUGAAAGUCUAGAAGGUGUUAAGGAACUCUUAAAGACUCCCAAAUACAGGGGAGCUCCAGUAGAAGACAUGGUUGGAGUGAAAAGAGUGAUGCAGACACCAAAAGAGAAAAGCAAACCUGUACUCUGCACAGCUGGUCUUCAGAGGCUUAUGAGAACACCCAAAGAAAAGGUUGAGCAACAUGAAGACCUGACUGGUGUGAAAGAACUGAUGAAAACACCAAAAAUAGAGGGAGUUAAAGUGGAGAAUCAGUUAGGGCCAAAACGAUUGGUGAAGACACCUAAGCGGAAGAGAAAUCAAGUUGAAGAGGACCUAACUGGUGUUCAACAACUGAUGAAGACCCCUAAGCACAAAGGAGAACCAGUUGAAGAUGAAAUGGGUGUACAAAGGCUAAUGCAGACUCCCAAAGAGAAAGAUGUACCUGUAGAAGAAAUCUCUGGUUUGAAGCAGUUAAUUCAAACUCCCAAACAAAAAGAAGAUCCUGUCAGCAGUCAGUUUGGAAUCAGUGACCUGAUGAGGACCCCUCAAUUUAAAGAAUCAUUGGCAGAGGAUUAUUCUGGGUUUAAAGAAUUUCAGUCAGAGAAUAGCUCUUCCCUGACAACAGAAAGCAGAGUGACUGAGCCUACUGAGAUACAAGAAUCAGUGGAAAGUGGCUCUGGAUUCAUACCAGUUGAAGGUUUGGAUGAGGAACAUGACGAAGAAAAUGUCUGUCCAGUUAAAACCAUGGAGACUGAAGUUGUAAAAUCUGUGGAUCUUCAGUGCACAGCUAAAGUAGUUGAAUCUAAUCAGAGUGAUCAAGAGGUUGAGACUGUAAUUCCCCAGGAAAGACACCCUGACCAGAAUGAAGAGUCAAUUUCAGUUGAAGCUGUUGAUGUCUUUUCUUUUGGGGCAGAUGAGAAAACCCAGGAGCAGUCUGAAGAAGCUGUAUGCGUAUCUGAUAAUACCAAUGCAACAGUUGGAGCUACCCCAACUGCUGAGCCAGAGGAGCUAAUCAAGUCUCCACCUGCCAACAAAAUUCAGCGUGGCAGUCGAGGAAGAGCAGCACAGAAAUCCAAAAAUGAAAUGGUCAAAGCACCUGCUGUGUUGUCAUUAAUUGAAGAGGAAAAUAUGAGUUGUCCAAUUCCUGCUAGCCCUGCCAGAGGAAGGAGAGGCAAGAUACUUCUUGAAGUUCCAGAAAUGGCCGCCAGCCCAGUCAGAAAAUCAGCCCGUGGUAGAGUUCCCAAGCAUAGCUUUGUGGAAGAAGAGGCAAAGAAUACUGAGGCUUCCCAAGUACUUGUAGAGUCCAUAAAUACUGAGAUACCAGAGAACCUGCCUGUUGUUACCAAAACCAGGAAAGGAAGGAAAGCUAAACAAGAUGAUGCUGUAGUUGUGCCCACUGUUGAUGCAAAUGCUGUUGACCCACAGUGUCCUGAUGCCAGCGAAGAGCAGGUCCAAGCUCCUGUUGUGAAACCUGGGAGAAGAAAGAAGAUGGAAAAAAUAGAAAGCCAACCUUCAGAAGAACCUGAACAGAAAACUGAGAUUGUUUGUGAAGAAAAUGCUGUUGCAUCAGAGGAUGUGAAGUUGCAGACUUCACUAGGUACUGAAACUGUCUCUACAACUAGAGCUAGGAGGGGUAGGCCAACAAAGAAGGAACACUUGAAAACCGAGCCAACCCCUGCUUCAGAAAGUGAAAUCCCAAGCACUCAUGUUGUUGUAGUGGCUGAGAAGCCACUGACACCUGUGGCAAAGUCAGGGCGUGGAAGGAAAGGUAAAAAAGAAACUGUCAAGGACCAACCCUUGGAUGAUAUCACUGUUGUUUCCAAAGCUGUGUCAGAGGCAGAUGUUGACAACAAAGAGGAGACUCAAACACUUGUGGUCAAGUCUGGCAGAGGGAGAAAGGCUAAACUGCAGAAACCACAAAUAGCUGAAGAGGUUGUUGAGCAAACUGCUAUAGAAACCUGCACACAUUUGCCUGUGACUGAAGAACCCACUGAAAUGUUGGUCAAAUCUGUGAGAGGCAAUAGGAAGACAAAGCAGUCAAAGAUGACCGUUUCAGUUGAGGAGAACAUUGUCAGUCCAGUUGAACAAGCAGAAACCCCUGCUGUAAAACCUGGUCGAAAAAGGGCAGUAAUUGCAAAGGAACCUGAAAUGGUAGCAGAUGUUUCUGUCAAAAGGGGUCGCCGUGCUGUUGCAGACCCUGCACCACCAGUUGCUAUAGUAUCUAGCCGUGCACGUAAAGCAGUUGCCAAGGCAGAGUCUGAGGUUACCGAGGAUGUGGCUUCAUCAGAAGAGCCAGUUAAGCCUGUAAAACAUACCAGGAGAACAGCAAAAGCACCCGAAUCAAAGAAAGAAGAAAGUACCAUGACACAAGCAGAUUCUGAAUUUGUUGCUGUUGAGAAUACAACAGUUGUUGCACUGGCUAAAGUGGAAAGAGGGAGCCGUGGCAAAAAACAGAAGGAUUUAACUAAGGACAUCUCUAAAAACCAAAUCAAAGAAUCUGCUGCAGUUGAGGAAGCUAAUGAAAUGAAACCCUCAAAAACGGUUAACUGGGGCCCCGAUUUGGUCAUCGGUAAAGAUAUUGAAACUUCUACAGAUGUAAAAGAACCACUAAUGAAGAAAUCUAAAAGAUUAGGCAAAUUGCCAUCUGAGACAACCUCCACAGAAUCAAAUGAAUCAGCUGAUCUGCCAUCCAGAGGCCGCAGAGGGAGGGGUGCGAAAAAAGAAGAACCUCCUGUUGAAGACUCUAAAGAAGCAGCUCCGGUACUUGCCAAGCCAUUGAGAAGAGGAAAGGCAGUGGCUCCUUCUGCACCCAAAUCAGAGCCCACUGAUAGCAAGACAUCAACUCCCCUCAAAAGGAAAAGGAAUGAGGUUAUCGAGGUAACGGAUGAGUCAGUAAACCAGGAACCUUUGCCAAAGAGAAGAGGCAGAGUGGCCAAAAGCGCUGAAGUUGCAGCAGAGGUCUCCAGCAAAGAGAAAAUAUCUGAAGCUGAACCAGAAAAGGCUGAACCAACUCCCAAGAAAACUGGUAAUAGAGCUGCAAGAGGACAGAAAAGGACAGCUCAGGAACCAGAUCCGGCACCUGCCAAGGCUCAAGAGUCUGUUUUAGGAACCACCACUCGAAAAGGAAGGAGUGUGAAAAAAGUAGAGGAAGUAGAUGUCCCUACAGAGGCAGCUCCUGUUAGACGCACCAGGAGGAAGUAAAGCACUGAUCUUACAGCGUGGUCUUAAUUAUCAAUUCUCUAUAAUCUCUUAAAAAGGUUUAGUUUUAUAUAUUUGUAAUAUUUCAUGCCUUUUUCUAUAUUUUUUUUCCAGUGUAAUUUUAGCUGCUUUUAUCUUAGGGAAAACUGUUUGUGUAGAUUUAUCAGAUGUGUUCUCUUAAACUCAAGAGGAAAGGGGCAUUGAGACAUGCAGACUUGUUUUUACUUCAAGAAAAUGUUUAAAGAAUUUCUACUUUUGAACUGUUAACGUCGCUCAAAAACAUUUAUCUUCUAUAUUCCCUUCCUUUGUGUUUUUAUAUUUUUUUAUUUUAUUAAAAGAAUAAAGUAAGUGAGGGGUGCUAAACCAGACUUAAUCGAUCACAAUUCCAAGUCCAAGAGUGUGUAAUAUGCUGUAGUAGAUAGUGUACAUGUGACAUGCUUGAAAGUUUUCAAAUAAAAGAUUCUUGUCACCUCA